CGGAGAUACCCUCUUGGAGCGCACCGGCUCCCGCUGGCUAGAGGCUGCUGGUGGGUGCAGCAGGCGUUGAGAACAGAAGUCGAGCGUCAGGGGGCGGAGAGGAGGCAAACACUGCUCCUUUUAACCCUACACCCAAGAUGGGGAAUUGUUUCAGCGCGAACGAAGAAAAGGAGGCGAAGGAGCGGAGCUAUGCGAUCGAUAAACAGAUUGAGGAGGACAGCAGGAAGCUGAAGCGGGAAUGCAAGAUUCUACUGUUAGGCUCGGGUGAGUCGGGCAAAUCAACAAUCGUCAAGCAGAUGAAGAUCAUCCACCAGAAUGGCUACACGCCCGACGAGCUGCUCAUGUACCGCUUGACGGUGAUCAAGAACCUGGUCGACAGCGCACAGGCACUCGUGCUUGCCCUGCGCAAGUUCACACUGGAGCCCGAGCGCCCCGAGAACCGCGAGGCGGCAGAUAAGAUCCUGCAGUACCGCGUCGACGCGGACCCGAGCACAACGCUUGAGCCGCACAUGGGCGAGUCCAUCACCGAGCUCUGGAGCGACCCCAUCAUCCGCCAGGUGCUGGAAAAAAGCAACGAAUUUUACCUGAUGGACAGUGCACCGUACUUCUUCGAGAGCGCGCCGCGAAUAGCGAUGCCGGCGUACAUACCCAACGAAGCCGAUGUGCUGCGCGCGCGAUCCAAGACGACGGGAAUCAGUGAGACGCGCUUCUCCAUGGGCCAGCUGUCCAUCCACCUGUUCGACGUUGGCGGGCAGCGCUCCGAGCGCAAAAAGUGGAUCCACUGCUUCGAGGCGGUCACCAGCAUCAUCUUCUGCGUCGCUCUCAGCGAGUACGACCAGGUGCUGCUCGAAGAGAGCACACAGAAUCGCAUGGCGGAGAGCCUCGUACUGUUCGAGAGCGUCGUUAAUAGCCGAUGGUUUGCGCGGACGUCUGUCAUCCUCUUCUUGAACAAGAUCGACAUCUUCAAGGUCAAGAUCCCCAAACAGCCGCUAUCGCAAUAUUUUCCCGAGUACAGCGGCGGUCCGGAUGUGCACAAGGCGGCCAAGUACAUUUUAUGGCGAUUCACACAGACGAACCGAGCCCGAUUAAGUAUCUUUCCGCAUCUGACACAAGCAACAGACACGAACAACAUUCGGCUAGUCUUCGCAGCUGUAAAAGAAACCAUCUUGCAAAAUGCGCUACGGGAAUCAGGGAUUUUAUAGCAGGCCCACUCCCAACCUAUCACCCACCAUCGGAACAACGCUCCCACCCAUCCUUGCUGGCUCUCUCUGCACAUCUCUUGCUCCACGGCAAAAAUUCGCCGUAAUCAUCUGUGCAAUG